GUUCCAGAAGUUCUUAUUAGCGUUCCUGUAACAACUAUCCGUAUAACUGCAAUUGCAGAUUCAUGUUAUAAAUUAGAAUGUCUAAAUAUUUCUAAUCGUAAAGAGUUUUCUGAAAUAUCAAUUUGUAAUAUUAUUCAUUCUUGCCUAAGAUUCCAGCAACUUGAUCUUAGCUAUUGUGAAAUUACUGAUAUAACUAUCGAAGAAAUUGCUAAAUCAUCUAACCAGGAUAGCAUCUCUGAUACUGAUUAUGUAUCAGAAACUGUGGUAGUUGCUUCUCAAUUGAUCAUUGCAAAUACUUUUCAGGAAGAAAGUCUUACAAUGGAUUCAGAAGUAACAUAUGAUAUAAAAACCAUUAAUAG